AAGCAACAAUGAAAUGCAUGUUGACAACAUGGCCAACAACAACCACAACAAAAACAACAAAAACAGCAACACCACCAAUAAAAAUAGCAUGUAUACAGUUAAGUCUUUGUUGUCAGCAACGGAAUCAACUACACGUACAACAGCCAGAACAGAGCCUAACAAAACGAAUUCAACGAGUUCAACUAAAGCAACAACAAGCACAAGACCAGCAGCAACAACAAAGAAAAGAACAAGACCAAGUGCAGCAAAUCAAAUUUAUACAAAAACAAAACUACUGUUACGCCAACGCACCGAAAAUGAUUCAACUGCACUCAACUCGUUUGUCAACAUUGUUUUCGGUACUUUUGGUUACAUUAGCAAUUUUACAAGUUGAGUAUGCAGCAGCGUUUGUAGAUGAAGCUGCUGCGUCAACGGCUACAACAACAAAUCUCGCAGCAUUAAAAAGCAUUGUGCGCAUUGGUGACGGCAGCAUCAUAACCAGGGAUGCAAUUGAGCAAUCUCUGGUGACAGUACAUGAUAUAGCAACGGAAAAUUUGGGCACAUUAUGUAUAUCAACACUGUAUCGUCCGCUCCAAGUUCCCAUUAAUUCAGAGCGUUAUGAUAGCUCGAGACAAAAGGCUGAUUUGGUGGCAUCAAUUCUAUUGGAUGUGGGCAUAAUACGACACGGGGGACUUUCGGAUGCACUUGCCAAAGGAUUACUAAGCGAUGACUACAUAACGAGCGCACGUAUCUUGGCACUAAAUCUAACAAAUGGAGCAGUACAGUCAUACGUUUGGUGGAUAAAAAGUAAUCACGAGAAGACAGGGAAAGCGCAACGCUUUGAAGAAGAAGGAUUACAAAUAGGGAAAAAGCCUGCACAGAGCUACCCGUGGUUCGAUGAUGAAACCACUUCGCCCUCAUUACGCUCACCUAAAUUCACACCUAGCCCACCGAAUAUUUACUACAAAGGCUGGUGGACGUAUCCAUACUUCUCAUGCACGCUCAGCAAAUGGAUAUUAUCGUACAGCAUAGCAAUACCACCGAGCGGUCGGCAUGGUUUACGUGGCUUCAUAAGCAUCGAUAUCGAUGUAACUGGUCUGAGGGUCAAUCAGUGCGAGGCGCUAACUUACCGUUUCAAUUAUCAGCAAAUUCAAACACGCCGCCUACAUUUAGCCGACGCACAAGUGAGCGAAGCCAUUAACGACUUACAGGCAUUUCAUGGCUCACAUAAAUGUCAUCGAGAGACCAUGAUGUGCGAUUAUCGUCAACCCACAUCAGAGGCACCCACAAUAACCACAAAUAAAAUACUAACAAUGCCGAACGCUUGGUCACGUGGUGCCUAUCAAUGCUUAUGCAAGCGUGGUUACUACUCUGAACGCCAUUCAGAUGGUUUCAAUGGCACCAUCAUGGAAAUCGCAUGGAAGGAGCAUCAGGACAAUGUGAGCGAUUAUUAUGCAAAAGUUUUCACGUGCUACAAAUGUGCACCCGGUUGCGAUUUUUGCACAGGACCUGAACCAUGUUUAGCUGAUUACAACUGGCCGUUUAGAAUAUCCUUACUAACAAUUUCGAUCGGUUGUGCUAUCGGUACGUUCAUAUUAGCUGGUUACUUAUUUCGGCAUCGCAAAGUUAAAGUGUUUAAGGUGGCCAGUCCAAUAUUUUUGCUGAUUACACUAAUUGGGUGUGCAAUUAUGUAUUGUGAGAUGAUUGCAAUAUUCCCCUACUUGGAUACGAGUUGGUGUAUUGUAACAAAAUGGACACGUCAUAUGGGCUUCUGCAUCACAUACACUUCCUUGCUAAUGAAAACAUGGCGUGUUUCUCUGACGUAUCGUGUAAAAUCAGCACAUAAAGUCAAAUUAACUGAUAAACAACUUUUGCAAUGGAUGGUUCCGAUUUUAUUGGUGAUGCUUAUAUAUUUGGGCACGUGGACUAUAUCUGAUACGCCCUAUGCCGAAUUUAUUCACGAUCAAGAUGGCCUGAAAUUCAAGCAGUGCUCAUAUAAUUGGUGGGAUCAUAGUUUGGCUAUUGGUGAAGUGUUCUUCUUAGCCUGGGGCAUUCGUGUCUGUUAUAAUGUACGAAAUGCAGAAUCACUCUAUAAUGAAGCACGUUUGAUAUCGUAUGCCAUUUAUAAUAUCGCCAUUGUAAAUAUUAUAAUGAUCGCAUUCCACCUUUUCAUAUUUCCGCAAGCUGGUCCAGAUAUAAAGUACCUUCUCGGAUUUAUACGGACUCAAUUUUCCACAACAACUACAAUCACGCUGGUGUUUGGUCCUAAAAUAUCACGAGUACUUAAAGGACAAGGUGACAAAUGGGAUCAAAAAGCCAAAGUACGCAGCAUAACUGCUUCAUUUUCAUUGAAUGGUGUUGGCUUAGUUCCAGAAGACUCACCUGAUUUAUAUCAGGAGAACGAGGAACUUAAGGAACAAGUGCAAAAGCUGGCGCAUCAAAUUGAGUUCAUGAAGACUGUCCACAUGCAAAUGAAUAACCGUCAUCUGAAACCAAAACCUGGUGGUUACUUUACAAUCACCUCAACAUCAUUUCAAGCGCCAUUUACCAAGAACACUAUGUCCACUGUACAAACACAGACAACUAAAUGUGGCAUUAGUGACGAUCCACACAGUAGCAGUAAUUCUGUUGGAUUUCCCACCAAUUUAACACCGUCAAAAUCUAAACCAGUUAAGGAGAAAGUUUGACGAGCCCAACGAAGUGUAAAAGAUUGCUCAAACAAUUUUAAUUUAGAUAAUAAAAACGCUGUCGAUGACAAGGAAGCAGACAUGG